AUGGAGCACUCGAUGAAUCGGACAGUGGGGCCCUCCGGAACGGACGUGCCACGGUAUGUGGCCGAACAAUUCAUAGCAAGGGGGAUUUGGGGACCCUUCGCUCUGGGUAUGCUACUGGACAUCUACCUCGGAGGCUUCGCGAUGAGCUUGUUCCUUCGAUACGCCCAUUCGGCAGCUUGGAAAGCGGACGGAUGGCGUCUCCAAUUACUGCUCGUGGCCUCAGUGGUACUUAGCGCGGUGGAUGUCGGAUUUUGCUUCUGGAGCCCGUGGUUCUACACGAUACGACAAAACCGAACAACCGCGGAUGUGGGAGGACAGGUACGGACCUCUCUCUCGAGGUACCAGACCACUGCGAGUUCGGCAGUAGAUGCUUGCGCUGAUGACACAAUUUGCCACAUCGGCACCUCUUUACUUAAUAGACCGUAGUCGAUGCUUUGUCGCUCGUCCCCGUUGGACUGUUCAUGGGACCUAUGAUACAGAUUUAUUUGGCGCGCCGCGCAAGCUCCGUAAGUUUAGGCUCUUCAGAAAUUACUAGACCGCCGAUAUGGCAUGGAGGCUCCGAGCUGACUCACGCUUCCCCCCCCCCACCACCACCAUCCCGCGAUCCACCGAUGCUACCAAAAAGCUUUUCACGAACCGGUUCAACAAGAUGGCCUACUUCGUCUUCCUGGGCCUCUCUAUCGGGUUCAGCAUGGCAGCAGGCGUACUCUACACUGUGCUUUCGUUUCAGUGCCGUGCAACGGGGAGGGAUACUAUUGGAACGUUUGACUUCAACAAGAGCUUAGGGUUGUACUGUGGCGCAACUUGCGUCACUGACGUGACCAUCACCAUCGCACUCGUGGUCCAAUAUCGAGCAAGGAUGGUCGGUGACCCGCGAUCGAGGACGGACUCUGCGAUGCGCAGUCUCAUCAAAUUGGCGAUCCACAGCGCCAUGUACACGAGCACAUUUGCGCUGCUCGGCGCCGUCUGCGUAUUUUCAUUCUCGGUCAGCGACGUUCGCAAGUCCAUCUUGUACGCGUUUCAAUGUACCCUUGGCUCGAUGUAUUUGAUCUCCCUGCUCGUCAACCUCGAUUCGCGGUCCCACCUCCGAGAUCUUUUCGCGAGCACACCGACUCUUCCUGACGAUGCGGUCAACGGACUGAGUGGGCGCGGGACGACCCAGGCGGGGUUGCCUUCGUUUGUUUCAUCGCGUUCCAACCCGCUGCCUCGAGCCAUGCAAGCCUACGGAAGCGAGGAGCGCGGCAAGAUCGGUUCAGGGUCAAGUUGGGGUCGUUUCCGUUCGUCUGCAUAA